AUGACCUAUAAACCUGAACUGGUAUCAAAUUUUGGUCCCGAAGCAGAUAAUCCUGAUGUCAUCGCGAUUUUGGAGAAUUAUAUGAAACUUUAUGCUUUAACAGCUGAUGAUCUCUAUAUUAAAUGGGAGCAAUUCUCCUAUCAUUAUAAGGAAGCUGUGAACUCAUUAGAUAAAACUAGCUUGGAUAAUUUUAAGGUAUUCAUUCAACAACAAACUGAAAAGCAUGCUACAUCUUCAUAUGCGGGUAGUAAUCCGACGAAUGGUAAUGGCUCAUUGAUGGCAACCGGGUCUUCUGCUACUAAAAAACCAAGGGUACCUAGACAAAAUGGAAGUCCCUCCUUAUUUGGUUUUGGUGGAUCUCCGAAGACGCCAAUGUUAAAGAAAAGAAGGUUGGAGCCUACACCUAGUAAAUUAUCUGAUGAAGCAGGGCUGAAUAAUACCUCCUCGAGUAAAACUGGUUUAUAUACGCCUAAUGGUACUUUGAUAGACAAGGCUGCUCAGAUUCCAACUCCAUUAAGAGGUAACAUUGAAGCAGACAAAACUCUUCAUUCAAUAAAUACCGAAUUGCCUGUUGCGGAAGGAAUUGAUAUGGACAGUGAGCAGAAAGUGAGGCUGGCUCCUUUUUAUGAUGCCAAGAAGUAUAAAUAUCGUACGAUGAGGCAAAGCUUAUUGGAUUCUGCUGAAGUUCUUGAUGAACAAAUCAAUUUCUUUACUGAUAUAGUGCAGGAGCAUUUCAAACUAUCAAAUAGUGACAUAGGCGAUCCAACAAUACAGUCACAAUCUUCAGUAACAUGUGUCGGUAGGAUCGUUCCUGAAAAUCCUUCCGAUGAACGUAUUAAUAUGGAAUCUGUCGCUAUUGAAACAUCACGCUCGGUUGGAAUUGGCAGACGGGUUAAGCUGGACCUUACGGAUGUAAAUGAAUGCUCAUUGUUUCCUGGACAAAUAGUUGCUAUGCGCGGUAAAAACGCCAAUGGCGAGUAUUUCAAAGUAGAAGAGUUGCUCGAACUUCCCCAUUUGAACUCACCUGUUUCAACUCUACAAGAGAUUCAGGAAGCCCAUGUUGCGAUGGAAAAUAAACAUACAAAAGUAAUAGUUACUUGCGGCCCUUAUACAGCAAGAAAUGCUUUAGAUUUCUCUAAUUUGACCGAAUUUGUUGCAAGAGUCAAUUCUACAAUUAAGCCACAUGUUUUGGUUAUGUUUGGGCCAUUUUUGGAUAUAACCCACCCUCUAAUAGAAACUGGACAAGUACCCAACUUUCCAAAUCUGAAAGUUCAGCCAAGAACUUUGGAUGAGAUAUUUAUGAAGGUCAUAUCUCCCAUAUUAAAAUCAAUUAACCCAAAUAUCCAGGUAGUCAUGAUUCCGUCAACGAAAGAUGCUCUUUCAAGACAUGUUUCAUAUCCACAGGAUUCAUUUUCAAGGAGAGAUUUACAACUACCGAAGAACUUUAAAUGCUAUACAAAUCCAGCAACAUUCCGACUGAACGAGUUCUUUAUGGGAUGCUCUAAUAUCGAUACAUUUAAAGAUAUUAAGGAAAUAGCCAAAGGGACGAAAACUUUGUCAAAGAAUAGGUUUGAUAGAGUUAGCGAACAUAUAUUACAGCAGCGGCGGUUCUAUCCAUGCAUCCCAGGAAGUAUUAGUACUCGAAAAUCAGCUUCUGGAGACGAUCGAGAACAUAUAUCUGGUGCUGAUUUAGAACUUCCAUAUUUAGGAUUAACUGAAUUUGUUGGCGACUUUAUUCCCGACAUAAUGAUAAUACCUUCCGACUUAGUUCAUUUCGUCAGGGUUGUAAAAAAUGUUUUAAUGAUAAAUCCUGGGAUAUUCAUAAGGGCAGGUGGGUCUAGGGGAACUUAUGCUCAAUUAUCUAUAGCUCCUCCGGAUUUGGAAGUCGGUUGCUUGACAAAGGUAACUGGAAAUGAAGAUGUUUACCUUCAUAAUAUCUGGAAACGUGCCAGAGUAGAUAUCUUAUCUGCGUAA